AUGGCAUGUAAAGAAUGUGAUGGACCGAGAUACUACGACGAGGUUCUGGGUCCGGAGCUACUGGCAACCCUCGCCUCCUGCUACACACAGUACAUGGCUAAUAACACGUGCAGUAAAUCAGAGUGCGCGCAGGUGCUCUCCGCUUAUCUUCCUGAUCUGCAGACGUGCAAUUGUUAUCAUACCUAUACUUUUAAAAACCAAGUUUCCGACGGGACUGCGGACUGUGAAGGUCGAAGAGAUUUCUUCAUCCAGAUGGAGAAUUUGUGCACAGACGAACCUUCUCAUACCAGUCUCACUCUUAUCAUAAUAAUAAUCAUGGUGGGAGUAUUCUUAACAAUUGGUAGUCUGUUACUCGGACGAUGGUCUGCGGUUAAUUAUGCAAGGAAGCUGAAGAAAAGCGGAAAAAUCGGCAAGAUAAUCCGAUUUGUUGACUGGCAAAAUAUAACUCCCCUGGGAGCAGCUGGGUUAGUGUACGAACAGGAAAUCAAUAAAUGUUCAAAUAAAAAGUUCAACGCGGACAUGUUACACAACAAAGAGAUUCUCCUGCGGGUUCAAUUCAGUUUGUUAGGAGGUUUUGGUAUCCAGUCCCAGCAUGUCGUGCUGAAGAUUUUCUCAGAAUCACAGUCAGAACAGCAAGGAAUUGAACUUGGAAUAUUUAACUCAAUAUCUAAUAAAGAGAAGGCUAACAAAAGCAACAUAAUAGCAGUUUAUGGUCCGCCAAUGAACGUGGACAAUUCCGACCUGAUAAGAUUUUUAGAAACUCUUAUUGAAAAAUCCAAGACUUGCGCAGCCUUAAAAGAUGUGAUUGAAAGGAAUUAUAUUGGUUGUACUGGAGGUAUUCGUGAUAAAAUAGAAACUCCUCGAUGCAAGUAUAUCAUGAUGAACCACUGUAACGAAUUAUCUCUCACCGAGUUUAUUAAAACACGACGUCUCACUCUUGACUUAGCGAAAGAUCUCGCCAAAGAUCUCGCUAAAGCUCUGGAGUACCUACAUGAGGUAAACGAGCCGACUAUAGUACAUUGUGAUGUUAAACCAGACAAUAUUUUUGUAAAGAGCCGCAAAACGACAUCAUUCAUUCUCGGAGACUUUGGUUUUGCGGAAAGGUAUGAAAAUCAGACAUUUACCCUAAGAGGUAGCACGCCCAGUUACGUCCCUCCAGAAUGGUAUUUGGGGCAUUUGGACACUAAAAUUAGCGAUACUGCAGACCCACUCGAGCUUCAGCUACGAAAUGAUCGCGUUUCUGAACUCCAAAAGAGACUUUUUAGAGAACGCAGUGACAGACCCUGCAAAAUAGACAUUUACUCUUACGGGCUGAUCAUCUGGUUGUCACUACACAAUAAAACUGAACCGUGGACUGAGGAAUCUUCCAUUGACUGGAAACAGUACCUUCAUGAUCAUAAUCAAAAUCAAAACAACCACAGAAACAGAACCUCGAAAGAGGUAUUUCUCAGAGACCUAUUUAACGAUCCUGAUAAGUUUGAAACCAGACCAACAUGUCGAGAAGAUGAAGUUUUGAACAAUAACCCAGAAUCUAAACUAUUGCUUGAGCUUGCGAAAGAUUGCUGGCAAGUUGAUUCUGGUCAGAGACCAUCAUCAUCAGAAAUUCUUCAGAGGGACGUUUUUAGGGUAUGCACUGAAGGGGUAUCUUAG